AAGUUAGAACUGAAACCCUUGAAUCCAUGCUUCUUUUUCAUAAAGCUACUGUGUAUAAAUAAAUUCUCAUUUUGCUCGAAAGAGGGUGAAGAAAAGAAAAAAGAAAAGAAAAAUGGAUUACCAUUACCUUCUGUUUGCUUGUUUCCUGUGUUCUUGUGUUCCCUCUGUUUCUUUUGCACAGCCAUAUAAAGCUGUGAGUUUGGGGAACUGGCUUGUCAUAGAAGGCUGGAUGAAACCUUCACUCUUUGAUCAUAUCCCUAACAAAGAUCUUUUGGAUGGAACCCAAGUGCAAUUCAUGUCCACAAAGCUGCAAAAAUUUCUCUGCUCAGAAAAUGGAGGUGGAAGCAUUCUUGUAGCCAACCGAUCCUCAGCCUCUGGCUGGGAAACUUUCAGAUUGUGGAGGAUCAAUGAGACAUUUUUCAAUUUGAGAGCUUUCAACAAACAGUUCGUGGGUCUGGAAAGUGAAGGAAACCAAGUCACAGCAGUUUCAAAUACAACAGGAGACCGACAAACAAUUCAGAUCAUAAGGAACAAUGGCGAUCCUAAUCGAGUUCGCCUCCAAGCAUCGAAUGGCCAAUUCCUUCAGGCACAAUCAGAAACGUUGGUGACUGCAGAUUAUGGAGGCUCUGCUUGGGAAGACAGUGAUCCAACCAUCUUUAAAAUGAUCAUUCUCGCUGACAGGACCUUACGUGGUGAAUACCAAAUUACAAAUGGCUAUGGCCCAGAAAAAGCUCACAAGGUCUUGCAGGAUCAUCGGAAUUCUUACAUAACUGAAAAGGACUUCAGAUUCAUGUCAGCAAAUGGUCUUAAUGCUGUCAGAGUUCCAGUUGGAUGGUGGAUAGCUAGUGAUCCCACACCAAAGCCUUUUGUACAUGGCUCCUUGGAAGCCUUAGACAAAGCUUUUACAUGGGCAGAGAAGUAUGGAAUGAAGGUAAUAGUGGAUUUACAUGCGAUUCGAGCUUCACAAAAUGGCAAUGAGCACAGCGGAGCGCGAGAUGGAUAUCAGGAAUGGGGAGAUUCCAAUAUUCAGGAAACUGUAGCUGUAAUAGACUUCAUUGCAGCAAGAUAUGCAGAGAAUCCAAGUCUUGCAGCAAUUGAGUUGAUGAAUGAACCUAUGGCCCCAGGCAUCAAUCUGGACAUCCUUAAGAAGUAUUACCAAGCAGGCUAUAAUGCUGUAAGGAAGCACACACAAAGUGCUUAUGUGAUCCUUUCAAACAGGCUAGGACCUGCAGAUGCAAAGGAACUGCUCUCGUUUGCGAGCACCCUCAAUCGUGUAGCCAUCGAUGUGCAUUACUACAACCUCUUUUCAGAUUCAUUCAACAACAUGAAUCCGCAACAGAACAUUGAUUUCGUCUAUAAUCAGCGGGCUGGUGAUCUCAGUGCUGUGACCAAUGCAAAUGGUCCCCUGAGUUUUGUUGGGGAAUGGACUGGAGAAUGGGCAUUGAAGGGAGCAUCAAAAGAAGAUUAUAAAAAAUUUGCUAAAGCUCAAGAGGAAGUUUAUGGGCGUGCCACGUUUGGAUGGGCGUAUUGGGCUUAUAAGUGUGAAGAUCACAAAUGGAGCCUCAAGUGGAUGAUCCGGAACAACUAUAUAAAGCUUUAGAUUUCCAACAUGUGUAGUUGCUACUUGUUCAUUACCAACAACUGGCUUAUGCUUCCUGCAAGCCCACCAAAAUGAUGUGUAUUUCCUUUGAUGUUGGCUAGUUUUCAAGAAGGAAAAUACGGUUUACCUCUCUUAUCUUCA